CGUACACAUGGCAUCCAGUCUUGCCUCACCACUUAGUCUGCGAGGCCAUCUGCUCGCGGUCCAGCCUGCGGCAAACACUCGUGGCCCAGCUUUCCAAUGUUGCGUCGCAACGGCACCCGCAGCUCGUGCGAGCCCUGUCGAAAGGCAAAGGUGAAAUGCGACCAUCACUCCCCAUUCUGCCAAAGAUGCGAAGCGCGCGGCAUCAGCGCCUCAUGCGUCUACCACCCGGCUCCCUUGACGCGCUCGCCUGCACCCGACGUCCGGCGGACUCACAAGCUGUCCACGCAGCAAUAUCAAACUUGCUUCGGAGUCCUGGAUCUGUCCGGUGACAGGCUGAGCGAGCCGACACUUCCCAGCACUCAAGCCUCAUUCACCGCACCCCUGGCCCCACCAGCCAAGAUGCAGAUCUACACUAAUGCUGCUUCCAACGCCAUACACUCGCGCCCUCCCUCAUCCUUCGGUGGUAGUGACGUAGAGCUCAACGCGCAGAGUGCUCCAAAGGCUGCCGGCUCUGGCUACUAUGGCUCAACCAGCUACUACUCUGUCUUUGACCGAGUCGAUCACGUCCCGACCGCUACCACAGAUUCUCAGCCUUCUGGACCUGCUGGCGACACGCUCUCUGCCGGUAUACGCGACGACGACCCCGGCGUGAGCCGGUCACUUCAACUUGGAUCCUGGAUACUCCAAAACCUCCAACACGUCUCGAUCAUCCAGUCUCUCGUCGACAUGUACAUUCGAACAAGCCAAGUAUCCCCUACGGCGACUUUAAUCCCUCUGAAAGCUGUGGAGACCCUGCAGCACCUGGCCAGUGGAGACGUGCAUGCUCUGGCGCAAAAGACCACCAGAAAUACGCAAAAGCCGCUACAAGUACCUCCUGAAAUGCACGCAAGCACCUUUAGCACACUCUUCACCGGCGACAACCUGCGCUGGGAGUUUCUUGGUCUCGUCUUUGCCUGGGCCGGCUUGGCUCUGUCCAUGUCUCUGCUGAAUGAAAAAGGCUCUGCGACGACGCCAGACGGAAUCAGCAAAACCUCCUUUGCCCAGCUCUUAACCGCUUGCAGUGACGCGUGCAUAACCCUCUGCCGCCAAAAUGCCCACACCAACGACAUACUCUCCUGGUGUCUCUAUGAGAACCUCAUUCUACUAACCUUUCAGCACGGCGAAGCAAGCCACGCAUCUUGGCAGCGACUUGGAGACCUCUCCACCGACAUUCUGGCCCUCGGCCUGCACAAGGAACCCGCGGCGACGAGCACCUCGCCUAUUUUCCUCGUCCAGGCUCGAAAGAAGCUAUUUUCCGCCGCCUUUCGUGUCGACAAGAGCAUCUCCACCUUCUUUGGCCGGCCGCCCCGGAUACCGGGUCACUACUGCGACGUCGGUCUUCCUCUAGACGUCGACGACAACCUCUUCCAUCAAGAAAACUUUUGUGUAGACCACCUUCGCUCCGUACUCAACACGGCCGGAUGGAACAUCGACUGCAAGAUCCGCCCAGCUUCUUGGAUUCGCAUGCGCCAUACCGUUGGCAAAGUCACAGAGGAGAUUUUGGAGCUGUCUCUGGGCGGCGCGCAAGACAAUUUGGUUUACAAAGUACAGGACAUAUUGACUCGCUGCAAUGAGACGUGGAACCGGAUCCCGAGCCAUCUGCAGUACAAACACAGCUGCUGGAACGAUGGUACCCCACCAGGAACAUGUUUGAUGCUGCUGCUUGUCUACCUGGAACAUCUGCAAAACGAAUUCCAGCUGCAGAGAUUGCUCUGCCGCCAACAAAGAUGCGCCUCGGACGCGCUGAUCAAUAUUAGCAUGCGCAUGCUCACAGCUGCAAUGAUUCUCCCCGGCAUUCAAGUCGACAGCGUCAACAUACAUCGCGAUCGUGCAUGGAUUCUCUUGUACUAUGCGCUCCCGAGCGCCGGCGUCCUUGCCAUCGACCUUCGCAUGCGCAUGCAGCAGGGUUCUAACCCUCCACGCUCAAUAUCGAAGUCUGAAGUCAUCAGACACACGAGCGUGCUCGCCGCAUCGCUGCAAUGGGCGUCGGAGCCGUCUGGCGGCAACCACAACCUGUGCGCCGGGGCGGCAAAGACGCUAUCGCGCAUUUUGGACGAGAUUCUCGACAGCUCCGGCCAGAGGAGCGAGAUGAGCACGAGCGGCGACGUGGGCGGCACCAUGAGCGGUACCGUGAGCGGCAACAUGUCGCCCAUGGCAAUGGACAUGGACUACAGCAUGCUGGUAGAGCACGACGUCGACUCGGAAACCUUCUUGAACUGGUUCGAUAACUUGGAGUGGGAGACGAUGCACCAGCCCGUGCCGCUUCAAGUGUAGAUUGCGCUGAUCUACAGUGGUACGCAUCUCAUGACCAUCUCCUUUAUGACCAUAUCUCAAAAGUACAUCACAACUAUAUUGUGA